AUUUUUAAACAAAUUUUUGCAUUUAUCACCAAAAAUUAUGUAGUUUAAAAUGAGAAAUAUAUUAGGCUGUUGUAUGGAUAAUGAUAAUAUUUGUUUUUUAUUCAUAGAAGUAGUAGCUAUCCCACCCGGCUUGUACCAAAAUAUUAACUCAUACUUUUAAAGUUUUGUAGAAGCCAAUGAGAAUAACGGUGUAGAGAGUGUGACCAGUGUGAUUUUUGGUAGAACAUUGCGCCAAAAUUCGUUGUUCUGUGAAUAUCAGGUUUCUUUUUAGUGUUUCUGUAAAAUUGAAAUUUUAAUUUUUUGCGUUAUUCAUAGCGAAGUUUUAAAUCGUUUCUGUGAUUUGUAGUAAGACUUUUGCUCUUUGUCUGCUGAUACCUGCACGUGGAUGUUGUGUUGUUAUUGUUUCAGUUUUAGGUAGUACAAGAAAGAUGCCAAAAAUUUCAAAUUCAGAACUUCGCCGCACUAUUUCAGAUAUAAUGCGAGGUGCUGAUCUCUCUACGUUGUCCUCGAAAAAGAUACGUGUUUUAUGUGAGAAGAAGUUCGGUGUUGACUUAACAUCGAGAAGGAAGGAAGUCGAUGAAAUUGUCAUGUCUUUUGUAGAAAAUGAAGAAAGUAGUGAUGAAAAUAAUAGUGAGAAAAGUAUAAAUGAAACACCUGACAGUUCAGAUUCUGAAGAAUCAUCACAUUCUGGAAGCUCAUCAGUUGCAGAUUCAGAAAGUUCCUCAGAUGGAGCUGCUAGUCUAAAAGACGAUGAUACAAGUGUGCAAAGGAAAAGUCCAAAAAAAGUGCUAGCAAAAGGAAAAUUGAAUGCAUCUACAAAAAGUACACAAUCAAAAUCAAAGAAAAAACAGGAGUUGCCAAACAAUUCAAAUGAAAAGGCAAGCCUUUCUGGGAAGUCUUCUGUUUUAGAUGAUGCUGCAGUAGCACGGAAAUUGCAGGCUGAAGAAUGGAAUUUCCGAAGAAGAGCUGUUAAGAGAGUUGUGAGUUUCAUGUUUGAUUAA